CCCUUCGUUCUGGGCGUUUUGAUUGGUCGGCCUGCUACAGCCGUCAAGGAGAAGCAGCUACAACAAUGACGUGAAAGCACAACAGUUACCGGGGCAUUACGUUAUGAUGGUUUCAUGUGAAUUACGUGUACCAUGAUGUAACUUGUCCAACCCGGAGGGUUUACCUAAAGACGUACAUGGUCCUGGAAUGACCUGUCCAUAAUGGAUGAGCUGAUGGAAUCUCAAAAAAGUGUGACUGCUGAUCCUGAACCCGAAGCUGCCGAGAAUAAUUUUCCAUUGGCAGCUGUAUCAGAUGGAAAAGGAGAACAGUUUUGUCGACCGCAGAAUCAUGAGACUGCAGAAGACGGCGUAACCUCUAAGAGCCCACCAGAAGAGAGAGCACUGUGGAGCUCAGUAGACAGUGGGUCUGUGAGAGGGCAGAAGGAAUGUGAUUUCGCUACAAGCAGCAACAGCAGCGUGACUCAGUCACACUGUUCUAAUGGACAGAAAUCCAAGAGGACAAGUUCACCUGGUCCUCAUCCUGUGAAGACCAGUUGUGUAGACACACACUCCCCCAGUCCCAAACUCACACUCUGUCUUAGUAAUAGUCCCAGAAAGGGCAUCGGUACACCCAGUGAUGUAGAGAUGCUAAGUCCUGACAGUCCCAAUUGUAAGUCCAUCCUGACCAACCACUCGGACAAAGACCACGGUGACAGGGCUGCUGCUGCUGCUGGUGCAGCUGAUGAAAGCUUUACAGAGUCUCAGGGAGAAUUUUCACAGCCAUUAUUCGUCAUCGACUCUAACUCUGGAAGUUUAGCCAAAGAAAGAACGCAUAUGGUUUCCAUGGGAACUAAUGAAGCAGAGGGCAGUGCAUCAUCUGAUAUGAGCCAGGAUGUAAUCAGUAGCCAGCCAGGUCUCAGCAUGGACCGAACCUGGCUGGGGACGCCCAUUGAAGAGCUCAACAGGAUGCCUCAGUGUGCCCCUCCUCUGUGCCACCUGAAAGCAGUGCCUAACCACACUGUCACAGUGAGGACAGACCUUCUCAGAGAGGGAGACGUCCCGGUUCCGUACCCCAGCAAGUUUAAAGAUGCAUGGGACGAUGUGUCGGUAAAAAUGCCCUGCUCUGAGAAAAACCUGUUUCCCGUGGAGACGGAGGAUGGCAGUGGUGUCCAGAGUCGGUGGGACCUGAUCAGCACUGCUUUGCAGAGAGGAUUCAAAAGUUCUCUGGAUGUGAGGGAUGCAAUACUGCGGUACAACACGUCCCAUGCCAAGAAGUGGGACUUCACUGCCCUCAACCUCCUUUGUACAGAGUAUCUUGAACACUGUGAGGUACAGCACCUGUUUGAGGUCAUUUUCCCUGCUAUGGUGGACCUGGCCCUCAGUGCUCCUCAUCUCUGCACAAUGCCCAUUCCCCUGUUGAAGUCACGGAUGAACCAUUCUCUGACUCUGUCUCAGGAGCAAAUAGCCUGUCUUCUGGCCAACGCCUUCUUCUGUACAUUCCCACGACGCAACUCCCGCAAGUCGGAGUACUGCAAUUACCCUGAGAUCAACUGUUACAGGUUAUUUGAAGGAUCUUCCCCAAGAAAAAUUGAGAAGUUGAAAACCCUACUGUGUUACUUCAGGAGAGUCACACAAACAAGGCCCAAGGGUCUUGUUACAUUCACAAGACAGUCUACCAAUCCACCAAACUGGGAAAGUUCUCAGACUCAUCUGACCCGCUUGCAUAUCACCUAUGAAGGGACCAUAGAGGAUGAUGGUUAUGGGAUGUUGCAGGUGGACUUUGCAAACAGGUUUGUAGGUGGAGGAGUCACAGGACAUGGACUUGUCCAGGAAGAAAUACGGUUCCUGAUUAACUCUGAACUCAUCGUCUCUCGUCUCUUUACUGAAGCUUUGGAACGCAAUGAAUGCCUCAUCAUCACAGGCACCGAACAGUACAGUAAAUAUUCUGGUUAUGCCGAGAGUUACAAAUGGAACAACAACCACAAAGAUGAAACUCCAAGGGAUGAAUGGCAGAGACGAUGCACAGAGAUCGUGGCCAUUGAUGCUGUGAAAUACAGACACUUCUUAGAGCAGUUCCUCCCUGAGAAAAUGACCAGAGAACUUAACAAGGCCUACUGCGGCUUUUUCCGAAGCAACGUCAACACGAAGCAUCUCUCUGCUGUGGCCACGGGGAACUGGGGCUGUGGGGCCUUUGGUGGAGACACCAGACUCAAAGCUCUGAUUCAGUUCAUGGCUGCAGCGGAGGCUGGGAGAGACGUGGCUUACUUCACGUUCGGGGACGCUAAGCUAAUGAGAGACGUUCAUCAGAUGCACACGUUUUUGACUGAGAGACAAGUAACCGUUGGUCAUAUGUACAGGCUUUUGAAUCAGUAUUCCAGCAUGGUGUGUAAGAACUGCCGCUCAGCCCAACCCGAUGUCAGUCUUUACAGUUUCAUCUACGAGAAAGUCUCCUCCCAAAUGGCGGCCGACACCUUAGACCCUGCUAUGAACUCUGGGAUGCCAUCUGUGACGUCGGACUUUCAUUAGCGCAGGGAAAGUGCCCCCAUGCUGCGGUGAGGUUCCUGAAACAGGCAGAGACGUGAGGUAUCAUAUUGUAGUCAAUGCAUGUGAUUCAUAACCUAACUGAUAUUCUACAAAUAUAUGCUGCUCUUUUUAACGUUUGAGGAUGUCAAAGGUCAACACACAUACACACGAGGUCCUUAAGAUUUUUAUCAGUACAAAUUAUAAGAAAUACUAAUAAUUAAAAUAGAAAAAUCCUCUCAGAUGGUCUUUGUCAGCGUAGGCAGUUUGAUAAUUUUGUCAUAGUAAAUAGACCAAAUCAAACCCUGCUUUACCUUCAGUGUUAAGUACAGUGUUGAUUAUACCUUCUCUAAGAAAGAAUUGCUCUCAAAAUGUUAAUAUCUUUGUUAAUAACUUUACCCAACGAUUAGUAAUGUGACUUCUCUUUAAAAUUUCAUUUACUCGUAUGCUGAUGGAGAGUGCGUUCUAUGUUAACUAUGGAUUCAUGUAAGACUGAAGAAAGCUGAACUUCUGUAAAUGUACUUACAAAAUACUGUACGCUAGUCUUUUUUUAGUUUGUACUAUUUUUAUUAUAAUUUGUUAAUUAAAGUACGUACUAUUACA